CAAGUCGAGAGCUUGGAGUGAGUUGAGUGAGUGAGUGAGUGAUUGUGGUUUCUUUAUAUUCAUUUAAACCAAUCAAUCAAUUGACCAAACCAAUCCAGCGCCAUGGGGCACCAGAUCAAGAAAUGGAAUAUAGCGCACAAGCUCCAAAAGCGACGGCUACUCAUCGCGAUUAACUGUGUAGCCGGCCUCUCGAUUUUCUUCUUCGGAUAUGAUCAGGGCAUGAUGGGGGGCGUGAAUAACGCGAAGAAUUACAUUGACCUGAUGGGAUUUGGACAUACGGAGACAGUGGACGGAUCGCCGAAUACGCCCGUGGUGACGGAUAGUUUGCUGCAGGGAGGCAUCGUGUCGGUGUAUUAUCUGGGAACUUUGGUUGGGGCUUUGGCGGGCGGGUUGGUGGGCGAGAAGGUGGGCAGGAUUAAGACGAUUGCGUUGGGCGCGGCCUGGGGUGUGCUGGGGGCGUCGUUGCAGUGCUCGGCGCAGAAUCAUGUUUGGAUGAUCUUUGCACGCUUGAUUAAUGGCUUUGGGACGGGCAUUUUGAAUACGAUUGUCCCGGUCUGGGCGACGGAGAGCGCACAGCAUACGUCUCGUGGCCAGUUCAUUGCUAUUGAGUUCACGCUAAAUAUUGUGGGUGUGGUUGUGGCGUAUUGGCUGGAGUUUGGCCUCUCGUACGUGGAUCAGGGAGCAUCGGCAAUCAGGUGGAGAUUCCCAAUCGCCUUCCAGAUCAUCCCGCUGCUGUUUCUCUUCGGCAUCGUAUGGGUGUUUCCCGAAUCGCCUCGAUGGCUUGUGAAGGUCGGGCGCGAAGACGAGGCUCGCUUCAUUUUGGGCAGACUUCGAGGCGAUGAAGGUCAGGAUGCCAUCCAAGCGGAAGCUGAGUUUCAGGAUAUCCUCAAUGUCUCAAAAUUGGAGAAAGAAGCAGGCAACCGAACCUCGUAUUGGGCUAUGUUCACUGGAAGAGGUUCAGGUGAUUUGCAUACUGGUCGCCGAGUACAGCUUGUGAUCUGGCUUCAGAUUAUGCAGGAAUGGGUUGGGAUUGCUGGCGUCACUAUCUAUGCUCCAACCAUCUUCCGCAUUGCUGGGUUUGAUACCCAAAAGAGCCAAUGGAUUAGCGGGUUGAAUAACAUCUUCUAUGCGUUUUCUACUCUCAUUUGUGUCUUUACUCUUGAUCGUAUUGGACGUCGUUGGACGCUGUAUUGGGGUGCCGUUGGCCAAGGCAUCGCCAUGUUCCUCGCUGGAGGCAUGUCCCGGCUGGGGAUAGACGCCACAACAGCUGGCGAAACGGCAAAAGCAUCACAAUACGGUGCAGCUGCAGCAUCGAUGAUCUUCAUCUUCACAUUCGUGUUUGGCGCAACCUGGUUGACAGUCCCUUGGCUUUAUCCAGCUGAGAUAUUUCCACUGGAAAUCCGUGCAAAAGGAAACGCCUGGGGAGUGGUUGGCUGGAGUAUAGGGAACGGCUGGCUAACUCUUCUCUGUCCCGUAAUGUUCAGCAAAAUAGGAGAAAAGACACUCUACAUAUUCGCCAUCAGCAACGUAAUAACCAUACCUAUGGUUUGGGCACUCUAUCCCGAAUCCAACCAACGAACGCUCGAAGAGAUGGAUCUGCUCUUUGCGGCCGAGACACCAUGGGUGUGGGAUGCAGAGAAGAGAUUCGCACUGCUCAAGGAAGAGCAUCCGGAACUUGCCCAUGCCGCUCAUUCAGGGAACAUGAUUCUUGAUGCUCCCGGUAAUAUGGUCUCUGAUCCUGAGAAGGGAACUACAGGUGCAGGGGAUUCUGAGGUGAGCAAAGAGGAAGUGGAGACAAGAACAUGAAGAUGUGCGACGUCGAGGUUCGAGAUGAGCGGAACCCCGAUGGCAGAGCUACCUUGCGCUCGCUCCCAUUGUGAUCCGAUGACACUAGUUAGAAAUUUCGGGAGUUCGAAAAGCGACAAUCCAACUGCGUCAAUACAUAUAACUGCUUAGAAGAUAUUCGCAAGGCCAACCAGGGCUACCGUUCUCAACGGAUGAGCAAAAUUGGAUACUAGGCUUGUUGUAAAGAC